AUGAUCUCUUCACCGGACUGUCACGCGAAAUCCUCAAUACUCAGAAACAUACAACUUGGAGAGUUUCUUUCUCAUCUACACAGAACGAUUGAGUCGCGAGAAAGUCGAGAUGUCGUCCUCUUAUUUGCUGGCGAAGCUGUCCGCCUGGUCACAUUCAUCAUGGACCUGUUAGCAUCCUACCUCCAAAAGCUUCAAAGCAAGAGACUCAAAGGCCUCACCAAGUCGUUUUUCACAAUAUCUCACAUCAACUCAAUGGCUACAUCAACAACACGAGCCGCAAACUGUUCAAGAGCACUCUGUGCAAUGCUCGAUGAAUGGCAGAUCAUGAAUCGCCUCUUUGGCGUCUUGGACAUGUGGAAGGCAGCCCGAGAUCUCAUAAGACGCAUCUCCGCCGAGCGAUCAGCAGGAAAACACGUCAAAAAGCUGCACGUAGGAAUCCAAGCCUCACAGAUCCUUUGCCUCACCUCAUUCCACGUCUCCGAAGCAAUUGGCUUCCUCUCCUCCAAAGGAAUUCUCAAACGCUCAGCCAAAUCAGAAGAGAAGCUAACAUUCCUCGCAAUUCGCUCCUGGGCCGCGUUCACAAUGAUUGAGAUUGGGCGGUUGUCACUGGAGUGGAUGAACACUGUGCAGGAUAAAGAGAAACUGGCUACAAAGACAUGGAAGGCAAAGUGGAAGAGUGAUAUGCUUCAAAACCUGGCCUGGGCUAGUGUUGCUACUCAUUGGAGUCUGAAAGAUGGUUUGAUACCCGAGGCUUUUGUUUCGCCGCUGGCGGUGUUUGCGACGUGGAGUUUGGUCAAGGAUGCUUGGAAGAAUGCGGCUUGA